UUCUUUUUUUUUUUUUUCUUUCCUCCUACUCAACUGUCGAGUUCUAGGAGAAAUCUGGGUCGACCUUAAGUGUAGGUACCCUAUCCUUUUCAGAUUAUUGUUUUGUCAGCAUGGACUCGGUUAGUUUGACAGCGGAGGAAGAUGAGGUGAUCAUGGUUCGGUCGAAGCAUCGUGAGAAAACUAUAGAAGAGUGGUCCCUCAGUUUGCUAGGAAGGUUUCACACGACCGAACUCAUCAACUUUAGAGCUGCGGAAAACCAUCUACGCUCUGUAUGGAAGAUGGAGGGGAACGAUCUAAAAAUUACAGAUGUUGGGGACGGACUGUUUCGGUUUAAAUUCUCGAUGGAAAACCAAUUGAAGUGGGUUAUUAACAACGGUCCUUGGAGUUUCGAUAAUCAUAUCCUAUUACUGCGAAGGUGGGAGAAAGGAAUGACGGCCUUUUCGGUUAACUUCCAAACUGUUCCGAUGUGGGUGCAAGUGUGGGGACUACCCUUCGAUCUGAUAUACAAGGAAGCAGGGAUAGAUAUUGGACAAGGAAUUGGUAGAGUCAUUGAGGUAGAUUGUAAAGCCAUUGCGUCGGGCGAGGCAAGGUUUCUCCGGGUCAGAGUGGAGGUGCCCUUAGACAAGCCGAUACGCGGGGGAGCCGCAGUACUGAGUCCGGAAGGUGAUAAGGUUUGGGUGGCUUUCAAGUACGAACGGCUAUCUGGUCUGUGCUUCCAUUGUGGCCUCCUUGGUCAUGAGGCAAAAGCAUGCGAGUUCACGAAGCUGAAGGUGUGGGAGGAGAGUCCUUACGGCGAAUGGCUGCGAGCGACGGAGGAUGUCCCACCACAGACCAGCGACUCUCUAGUACUGGCACAAUCUCACCGAGAUGGAAACCCCAACACCAACAACGAAGACACCAGAGAAGAAGCACUCUUCUUCUUAGAGAGCCACAACUUCCACCUCGACUCCGCCGUCUCCACUUUUCUCGACAUCGACGGUGCAGAAACAGGACCCCAGCAGAAUUUUAGUUCGGGUCACGGACAUUCAAGGACAAUAAUUGAGGAAGGAAUUCCGGAGGUUGUGGAAUGCAGGGAACUUAAUGAGGAGCAAUAUUGGGAUAGUAAUGCAAUUUGUGCCCUCCAAAAGACAAUAAUUGAGGAAGGAAUUCCGGAGAUUAUGGAGGUUGUUGAAUGCCUGGAACUUAACGCAAUUCCUGCCCUCCAAAAUUAUAUGCUUGGGAAAUCCUUCUCUGCGUCAGAGUUGAUCAAAUGGCUUAAGCAGAAAUUGGAUUGUUUUGAUCCAAAACUAUUGCUAUCUCAGGGAUACAGAUGGCUUUGUGAUGCAUUUCGAUUGCCGCUAACAGAUCUCAAGAGUCUAGUGGCUUCUCUAGCAUCUGAUAAAGCUGUUUGGGAUGCGAUUUUGAGGAACGAGUUAGUUCGAGAGUUUCAAUGGACACCCUACGCAGUUAAUUAUGUAAGGACACUAAUUUCUAAUGAAGAACCAGGCUUGGCUACAGGUACAUUGAUGUGGAUUUGGGAUGGAGAAAAAGCAAAAUUUGAGCUCAUUAAGAAAUUUCUGUCUCUAGUGAAGGGGCUAUUUCAGCAGAUGGAGCAAAAAAUUAGAUCAUCAUCACCUCUCUCUUUUGUGAACCUCCUGAUUGAGGCUGUGGCUCAAGCCCUACCUGCUCGAAUCACCAUGGCAUAAGCAGAAGAAUGCAAGAAUAAACCUCAUUAUUUGAUCAACAGUGGGGCACCAUUAGUUGAUGAUUACCUAUUAAAUUUCAGCAUUUUCCCCCCUGUAUUCUAUAUGUUGCAAAACGGUUAUGUUUCCAAAUAUUUGAACUCCUACAUUUGUUUCAUAAAUAAAAUCCUGAAGGUCUUGAAGGAAAACUCACAUACUUCCAGUCUCCUAUAACGGAUAUUAUCGACCACGUUUGCCAAGUUAACUUCACCCAUAACAUUAUCUGUUAGCAAAUCAACUUCAGCCUGCAGUAUCCAACACCAAUUGAACAAGGCUACAUAUAUGCAUCUCAGCUUGUGAACCCUGCAUCUGAAAGACGCAGAGGACCAAGUGCUGGGUUUGCUUUUUCUAAAUUCAUCUAUGUUUUUCCACUCACAUGAAUGAGUUGCUUUCCUAUUCUCAGGUCCAAGCAAUAAUAUAUUGUCAUUACCUCUCUAUAUAAAAAACUAAUUAUCUUGACAUUACCAAGUCUCUAUGAGAAGGCUUCAAAAAAGGUCUUUCUGCACAUGAUGAGGUAUCGUUUUUCAUAUAAACACCAAAUCAUGUGGCCCUACCAACUUUCACGAUCUACUCAUUUCACAUGCAUCUAGUAUUCUUAAAUCUUAAGUGCACCAAAAGAAAAAUAUGCAUGUUAUAAAAGCACCAAAUAGAACGUUCAAGGAGUAAGCUCGUAUCGGGACCUGCUUGAGUUGGUGUUUUGUUCCUCGUUGAAUGCUGAAGUAUUUGCAAUGACAUGCUGGAGUAUUUGGAGUCGUCGGAAUAAGCUGCGUGUGGGAGAGGGGGUCUGGCCGUUAAACAAAAUUGCUGGAGUUGCACGGCAUCAUCUGCAGGAGUUUCAACAGGUUCGGCAUUGUCCCAGCAAGCAGGUUCGUGCACAGAGACCUCGGUGGAAGCCUCCUGAUGCGGGUUUGUUGAAGGUGAAUUUUGAUGGGGCGAUCUUUGACGAUUUAAGGGCAGCAGGUAUUGGAGUCGCUGUUCGGAAUGAACAUGGGGAAGUAGUUGCAGCUUUGGCAGAGCAGAUUCCUAUUCCAGAUUCUGAUUUUACUCUCGAAACUUUGGCAGCUAGGCGUGCAGUUCUUUUUGCUCGUGACCUUGGUCUUCAUCAUGUUUUUGAGGGUGAUUUGGAGUCAUCCAUUCAUGCUAUUAGUAAUAGACUUUUAUUACAUUCAUCGUGUGGUCAUAUUAUUCAUGACAUUUUAUUGUUUUCUCGCUCUUUUCAAAGUUUUUCUUUCUCUCAUGUGUGUAGACAAGGUAAUGCUUUAGCAGAUGUCUUGGCUAAGAGAGCUAGGUUGUUUAAUCCUUUAUUGGUUUGGAUGGAAUCUGUUCCUCCGGAU